ACGGAGUAAAGUUGGAAGCUCCGCUCUUGGGACCGUUUUCAUCCCCAAGUCGACGGGAUCCAGCAAACCUCAUCAGGAAUGUAUAUCAGCGUACACUCCAAGCGAACAGGAGCUCGCGCCAACUCAACGAUAGAACAGCUUCCAACGGGAAUUUGAGCUCCAUUUCUUUCUCAAUCCAUUUGGGAGUUCAACGCAGCACUAUUGGACGUAUUAGCAGCAGACAUAGAGCAUCGAGUGGCCAAGCAGCAUCCGAAUGGAUGCGCUGGUGAGGAUGAGCGCACCGCCGGCACUGAGCCUCGGGCACCACCAGAGCCCCGGGGCCCGGCACUCGCAGACAGUCUCGGUCUGCUCUCCUCCCACCCCGAGCACCGCUAUGGCAGCGGUAGAUGCAAGCGGCGUUAGCUGCUCCUCUUCUCCCCCCCGCAAGGAGAGCAGCACCGCUGGAGCAACGGUAUUUGUCGCCGCCGCUGUCGCAACUGUCGCUGCCGUGGCGGCUCCCCCGAGCACCUGCAGCAUCACCACCACCAGAGUCCCGGAAGUGCCUCCGCAACAGCAGCAGUUCCCACAGCAGAGCAGACCUGCCGGCCACGUAGUCAAGAUACAGAUAAACCCCGAGGGCUGCGAGCCCGGCAGGCCCACCGCCAGGCUCGUCUCCGCGGUCAGGCUCAACCUCGAGGAGCCCGAGACCAGCGUCAACAUCAUCGAUAACCACAAAGAAGCACCCAUUGCUAUCAAAGAUCUAGAUAAUAGCAGCGACAACAACAACAACAGCGGGGCCAGUGGCAUCUUCAAGGCCAGGCUGGUCAACACCGGCGAGCCCUGCGUGAGGAUCAGCGUCAAGGGUGGCGAUUGCUCAGGCAGAGAGUCCUCAUCGUCCUCCUCGGCUUCGUCAACCUCCUCGUCGUCGGAGGAGCUGGUGCAUCCCACUGCUCACCCGGACAUGGUUCAGCAGCCGCUCCAGCACGAGCAGUCGCGUUGCACCGGAGUCGUCGUCAACGGCGGGGGCACGAGCAACGGUGCUGGCUCGGGGGGCUUUUACUACGGCACUCCUCUGAUGGGCAUCAACGGGGUGGCAACCGUGCUCAUGGCGAGCGGACAGUGCUCGCCCUCCGAGACCCUCGACAGUGGCACUUGCAGCGACCUCGACGGUACCCCGCCACCCCUGCCCAAAAAGAAGGCCUCCAACAACCUCGAUUCCGGGAAAAUCGGGCCCAACGCCGCACCGAGCAACAAGCGCCAUUACCACCACCACCACCAGAGAGCCGGUAGCCUGACGAGCAGUGGGGCAGAGUUGGACAGCGACGACAACGAGAGCAGCAUAAGCUGCGACAGCCUCAACAGCGCCGAUAUGGCCAUCAUGGGGUUGGUCGCGGACCCGGCGAGCGAGCUCGCGAAGCAGCUACCCCGGCAGCUCGAGGAGCUCGCGGGUGAGGGGUCGGGCUGUCGGGAGGAGGGCAGUGGAAGCGAGGGCUCGCCACCCGCCUCGGGCAACUCGACGCUGUCCAAGGCGUCGUCGUCGACGCCGAGGGUGCGCAGUCCCGAGGUCCGGGCCUACUCGAGUUGUUCGUCGACGGGCUCGGCGGCCCUGCUGGUCAACGAGUCCACGUACGAGGAGCGUCGGCUCGAGCAGCGGGCAGUCAACGGGAGUGCGGUCGGGUCGGUAAAGUACGCUUACGAGGACGACCGGUUCUACAAGUUUCACGUGAACGAGCGCGAGGAAGUGCUCAAGGCGAGGAACAAGAGCGAGCUUGGCCGUGGUGACGACGGGGAUGACGAGAGCUUCGCCGGUUGCAAGAUCCCCACCCUCGACAGGGAAGCCAUUCGCAGUGCCAAGGGGACCGUCAGGGGAGUGAGGAACCGCGUCAGGGCGGGCAUCGCCACCUUCCUCCAGAAACCCUCGGCCAAGAACUACAAGGUGAAGGAUGCGGACAAGGUGGUCGUCUACACGACGACGAUGGGGAUAGUGCGCGAGACGUAUUACCGUUGCGUCCUAGUCAAGCAGAUCCUGAGGACGCACAUGGUCAAGUACGAGGAACGGGACAUGUACAUGUCAACGGAACUGCAGACCGAGCUAAGAGAACGGAUCGGCUGCACAGCCAUAAAAGUGCCACAGCUCUUCAUCGACGGGCAGCACAUCGGGGAUGCCGAUGCUGUCGAGCGGCUUAACGAGUCUGGCGAGCUGCGCCAGAUGCUGAAACCUUACAAGAGUCUGGACGCGUGCAACACCUGCCAGGCAUGUGGUGGCUAUCGACUACUACCCUGUCCCGUCUGCAACGGCAGCAAGAAAUCUGUGCACCGCAACGACUUUACCGCCGAAUUCGUUGCUCUCAAGUGCAUGAACUGCGACGAGGUGGGCCUCGUGCGCUGCCAGCACUGCUGA